CAAAGGUUUCAAAGUCUCUGCUUCCAUUUUCUUCCUUAGAAAAUCACAUCUUUUCACCCCUCCAAACUACCACCACCACUUCCUCCGCCAUUACCACCACCUUAACCACCCUGAAGAACCAAUCACACCUUAAAACCCUCUAAAAUUUCCCCCAAGGAAAAAAUUGUCAUUUCGUUUUCCAUCUUCCUAAUGUGUAGAUCAAGAAAAAGCACAGAUGCAAUCCAACCAACAUCUUCAAAUUCAAAAAGACGGUCUUUUUCACCAUCUUUUCAAACACCCAAAUCCUUGAAACCCGCAUCCUCUUUUUCUGAUCCAUCACCUUCCACCACUUCCACAACCAACGACUUAGCUUCCUCCUCCAGCAAUUUUUACUUCAACUCUUCAAGCUACUCCCUUUCAACCCAAACCUCCAACACCCUCUCAUUUUUAAGAGCUUCUCUCCCUGAAAACCCCCAUAUCUACGACUUCUCCCUCAUCUCUUCAGCCACCACCAACUUCCUCUCCAAGCGCUUCUCUUCUUCUUCCUCGUCAUCUUCAUGGCUUUGUCACCUUCAUGGUAAACAAGUUGUCGUUUUUCGAAGAAAAUUGAGGCGUUCCAUUGAGUUAGAUGACUUGGUUCACAAGUUAUCGGUCAUUUGUAGGAGUCACCAUAGUAGUUUGAUCAAGCUUUUGGGUGCUUCCCUGUCUGGGAAUUUUGUUUAUCUCGUGUAUGAAUAUGUUAAAGGGACUAACCUAGGCGAUUGUUUGAGGAACCCCAAGAACCCAAGUUUCACGCCACUUUCUUCUUGGAUUUCCCGUAUGCAAAUUGCUAUUGAUAUUGCUCAUGGCUUGGAUUAUAUUCACCAUUGUUCAGGUCUGGAAACUAGCUUCACCCAUAACCAUAUAAAGGUCACAAGUAUUAUAGUCGCUGAAGAUUCUUUAACAGCCAAAAUUUGUCAUUUUGGCACUGCUGAGAUAUGUGGGGAAGUGAGCAAAGAAGAAGGAUCAAGAAGCCUUGGGAGAACAGACAGUAAAGUUAUGAAAAUUGAAGGAACAAGAGGGUAUAUGGCACCUGAGCUCCAAUUCAAUGGUUUGGUGACACAAAAAUGUGAUGUUUAUGCAUUUGGGGUAGUGGUUUUGGAGCUGUUGAGUGGAGAGGAAGCCUUGAAGUUUAUGUUUGAUGAAGGGGAUGGAGGGUACAAGAGAGUGAGUGUGAUAGAUACAGCAAGGGAGGCAGCGGCGGGAGGCAGUGGAGGGGUGAGGAGGUGGGUGGAUAGGAGGUUGAAAGACUCAUUUCCGGUGGAAGUGGCGGAGAAGAUGGUGUUGGUGGCAUUGGAAUGCUUGGAGGAAGAUCCAGAAAGAAGGCCUGAAAUGAAGAAAGUUGUAGGGAAGGUAUCAAAGUUGUAUUUGGAGUCAAAGAAUUGGGCUGACAACAUUGGUUUGCCUACUGAUAUCUCAGUCUCAAUGGCUCCAAGGUAAAAACCAUAAAUAAUUUGGUUGCAGGUUUUGGUUAUUUGUAAGAACAACAAAAUUUUUGAGAGCCUGUAAUUUUUAUAUUUUUUUGCUUUCUUAUACUAACAAUUCAUGAUUCUUUUAAACAAGUAGAGGUAAAUGUAGAUAUUUGUACAUGUUGUGGAUGA